GGCGAGAGGGCGUGGCCGGCGCCGAGGGGCGGGGUCUGACCGAGGCCGCGGGGCAGCGACGUCGCUGGGCAGCGGAGUGGCGGCCGCGCCAUGUGGCUGCUGGGGCCGCUGUGCCUGCUGCUGAGCAGCACCGCGGAGAGCCAGCUGCUCCCUGGGAACAACUUCACCAACGAGUGCAACAUCCCAGGUAACUUCAUGUGCAGCAACGGGCGGUGCAUUCCGGGUGCCUGGCAGUGUGACGGGCUGCCUGACUGCUUCGACAAGAGUGACGAGAAGGAAUGCCCCAAAGCAAAAUCGAAAUGCGGCCCGACCUUCUUCCCCUGUGCCAGCGGCAUCCAUUGCAUCAUUGGCCGCUUCCGCUGCAAUGGCUUUGAGGACUGUCCGGAUGGGAGCGACGAGGAGAACUGCACAGCGAACCCCCUGCUCUGCUCCACAGCCCGCUACCACUGCAGGAAUGGCCUGUGCAUUGACAAGAGCUUCAUCUGCGAUGGGCAGAAUAACUGCCAAGACAACAGUGAUGAGGAAAGCUGCGAGAGCUCUCUAGAACCAGGCAGCGGGCAGGUGUUUGUGACCUCGGAGAACCAGCUGGUGUACUACCCCAGUAUCACAUACGCCAUCAUUGGCAGCUCCGUCAUCUUCGUUCUGGUGGUGGCGCUGCUGGCGCUGGUCCUGCACCACCAGCGGAAACGGAACAACCUCAUGACUCUCCCUGUGCACCGGCUGCAGCAUCCCGUACUGCUCUCUCGCCUGGUGGUCCUGGACCACCCCCACCACUGCAAUGUCACCUACAAUGUCAACAAUGGCGUCCAAUAUGUGGCCAGCCAGGCCGAACAGAACGCCUCGGAAGUUGGCUCUCCACCCUCCUACUCAGAGGCCCUUCUGGACCAAAGACCUGCCUGGUAUGACCUUCCUCCACCACCCUAUUCAUCCGACACCGAGUCUCUGAACCAAGCUGACCUGCCCCCUUACCGCUCACGGUCAGCUAGUGCCUACAGUGCCAGCUCCCAGGCAGCCAGCAGCCUCCUGAGUGUGGAAGACAGCAGCCACAGCCCAGAGCAGCCUGUCCCUCCAGAGGGCGCUGCUGAGGCCAGAGACUCUGUGCCCAGUCAGGGUACUGAAGAAGUAUAAAAUCCAGCGCUUCCAAAGUCCGUAUGGGUUGAUCUUCUCCAACUUGUUGAAUUCUAACAGCCUGUGCUCAUGGGAUGCCCUUUGAGCUCCUUUUGAGGAUGUCUCAAGUUGCAGUUUGGGGCGCUGACUGCCUUUCCAUCACCUUCUCCUCCAGAUUUCAGGGAUGCUCUAUGGAAUGACCUGGCACUCCUCUGGCCUCUUAGUUGGCAGGAUGAACGGUCAUCUUCUCUGUGAGGACACUGUUCCUUCUGGGCUUAUGAUCAACAGCCUCGGAUGGCUGUGCUGCUGUUGGUCUCUCCCAGCAGGCUUGUGACUGGGCAGUCAGCAGGAGGAAACCAUGUGUAAGUGGGUUUUGGCAGGGGGUCAGAAGAUACCAGGUCAGACUCUCUGCUGUGCUGCCACAUUUGGAGACUUGGCUUGGAAGAUUCUGACAGAAGACCAUGACUGGAUGGCCACUCCAGAAAAGUAUCCAGGUGAACAUCAAAUCCCGCCUUGCACUGUCCACUGAAGUUCUUACUUCAGCAGAGGCCAAAGAAAAAUUCUGACUCUCGUUUGGUUUGAUUAAAGACUCAGAAACCAUCUACCUGGCCUUACAAAUUUACCCAAGAUUCCUCAUUUUGAAAGCUCUCUCUAGAAGGGCAUCAUCCUUGACUAAGAAGGAAAACCCUGCCAUGACUCCUUGGCUCCUAGUGUAUAGGUUAUCAGAGCCUGGUCCUGCCUUGGCCCCAUAAUCCCUUCCCUGGCUUCUGGAUUGUCCUCGUCCAAGAUGGCCUGGCAUAGCUAAGAGUGAGAACCCAAACCAAGUUGGCCAAAAUUCUGAUUGAGCCCUUUACCCCACUACUACAGGCCCAGUCUGACACGCUCAUGCAUGCAGCUUCAUCAGUAGGCGCCUAAGCUUCGAGAACACCUGCACUAUUUUCCAUGUGCAUUUGGACUUGACGACUCAAGUUUCUAACUCACAUGAGAACUACAUUCAGUACCACCUGUGAGCCCGCUCAGGUCCCUGUACAGCACACACAGCCCCAGGAACAGUGCAACAAGGAAGGAUUAGGGUUAGAGGGAGAGUCAGGCCCAGCCACAUACCCUACAGUCUCUCCUAUGAGAGAAGUAGGCAAUAGGUAACAAGGAGUCAAGAUUUUCCAUUGGAUUUAUUUUUAAGCCUGUUAGAAAUGCAUUUGAAAACAGUGUGUUUGUUUGUUUUUUUUUUCCCUUCUAGUUAAGGGACUAUUUAUAUGUGUAUAGGAAAGCUAUCUCUUUUGUUUUUGUUUCUCUCUUACUGAGGUCCAAAGAAAGAUACAAGAAAAAAAAUGCUGCCUUUCCCCCGCCUAGUCCCAUAAUGUCACCUCAGACUCGCCUGCAUCUUGGAGUCAUUAUUUAUUGCGUUCUUGAAAAAUGCAGAGAGGCAAGUCCUCCAUCCGCUGCCUGUGUCUAUUUGGAAUACCUUUCCUCUUUCUACAUGCCCAGCCAGCCCUAGUGCAUGCCACCAGCACACACCCCCGCCCACCAGGCAAUAAUGGGUGAACCAUACCAACCAGGGACAAAACUGGAACCCAGUGCUGACACUUCCAGCAGCUGCCACCCGUUCAGAGUGUUUCUCCACAGCUGAUGAAAGUUCCAGUAACCUGUUCGAUGCUAAUGAAAAUGGAGCCUGCGGGGGGGCAGGGAUGAAGUGGCCUUCAGUGGUGCUAUACCACCAUGGGCUUGGUUUUUAACCAGAUCCAAACCAGACUGCAGGAAAGCUAGCUAGCCACUUGGGGUUUUGUUUGUUUGUUUUUGUUUCGAGUAAAAAAAAAAAAAGCCUCGUUGAGUCUUUCAUUUUUAAAGUAGAAAUUGAGUUGUUUUGUUUGGGGUGUCUGUGUAUGAGUGUGUGCGUGUGUGUGUGUGUGUGUGUGUGUCUGUGUGUCUGUGUGUCUGUGUGUGUUUCUGUGUGUGAGUAGCCCAAUGAAGAAAGAACCUGGGUGGCAGAGGGAGCUUUUCUGGCUUCACAUCUCAUGCCAGUGAGUCACUGUGGCUCUUGCCUCCCUUUGAUGGGUCCCUGCUUCUUUUUUUGGUGCUCUGAAAGUUGUCUGGAGAAAAAGAUUCUAAUUUUAAUUAAUUGUGCAAUGAGCUAAUCUCAUGAGCUUUUCUGCUUCAAGGCAUUUUGGGAAAAACAAAUGGUCUUCGUAGAUAAGGAGAGCCUAGUAGUGUUGGGUUUUUGUUUUGUUUUGUUUCCAAACAAACACAGGAACAUUUUUACUACAGAUUUGGCUUUUAAUGGAUUUUUUAAAAUAAUACUAAUCAUAAAUAAGAUAGCAAAGCUCUGGAACUUGGGGUCCCCCUCCCUUUUUUUCUCAUGAUACAAAGUAGGUGGCUAGCAAUAUUUUCUAAAUUCAUUCCAGCCAGGAUUUUUUUUAAAUACUAUAUUUCCUAAUUCUAUACCAGCCAGAAAAGAGAUCUCCACUGUCUCUUCUCCAGUGAGGCCAGCGCUUCAUUUUGACACUCCACUCGAUUCACUGUGGCUGGAAACUCACUGCCUAACCCCCUCUACCUUACCAUUGACAAUAUUUUUGAAAUACAGCUAAGGUGUUAAUAAAUAGUGUGUGAUAUUCAAAGUUAAUGUAAACUGGAAGAUUGUGGUUGCUUUUUUGUUUUAUUUUUAAUUAGGCUUGUUUUUUUUUUAAUUUUUAUACUCUCAAAUAAACUUGCAGUUUGAUUCUU